AUGUCGACGUUGAGCGUCGGCCUGUCUAUCUUUCCCACGGUCACCACAUACCCACUGUGGGCUUUGGUGCUCUCUCCGACUAACCAACGCUAUUUCUGCAUGUCGAACGUUCUAUUUUACGAACCAUUCUACGACUUUGAACGACUAUUCGAACAGGCAUGGGCGGCUCGCCAACAAGGCGCCACUGCUAACACGCAAACCCAUGCCCCAAAUACGCGUCCAGACGGUAUUUUGCGACCCUUUAGACCAAGGAUGGACCUCCACGAGGAUGCAGAGAACAACGUCGUCACUGCCACCUUCGAGCUUCCGGGACUCAAGAAAGAGAACGUCCAUAUCGACAUUCACAAUCACCGAGUGACAGUCUCAGCAGAGAGCAGGCAGUCGGAGCGUUUCCACGAACGUGGUUUCGCUAUCCGUGAAAGGCGCAUCGGCAAGUUCUCGCGUACGCUACAACUUCCGGUGGGUGUAAAGGACGAAGAGAUCAAGGCGUCUAUGGAACACGGCCUUCUGACGCUGAGCUUCCCAAAGUCUGCGACUGAUCUGCCUCCCAAGAAGGCCAUCACCAUCCAGUGA